AUGCACACUCCUGGUAAAGGUAUUGCAAGGUCUGCCUUGCCAUAUCGUCGCACCCAACCUUCCUGGUUAAAGGCUACGCCCGAAGAUGUUGAAGAGCAAAUUCUUAAACUUGCGAAAAAGGGAAUGACACCCUCUCAAAUUGGUGUGCAACUUCGAGAUUCUCAAGGAAUUGCACAAGUGAAAAAUGUUUAUGGUAGUAAGAUUCUUCGUAUCUUGAAGAAACGCGGUUUGGCGCCCGAGAUUCCCGAAGACCUAUAUCACCUGAUCAAAAAAGCCGUCGCCGUUCGUAAGCACUUGGAACGCAAUCGCAAAGACAAAGACUCCAAAUUCCGUCUGAUUUUAAUUGAAUCAAGGAUUCACCGUCUUUCCCGAUAUUACAAGACCUCAGGUCAACUGGCUCCGAAUUGGAAAUAG